CUUUUCAUCAACUCCUUUAACUCUUUUUCACUCACUCUCUCUCUCUCUCUCUCUCUCUCUCUCUCUCUCUCUCUCUCUCUCUCUCUCUCUCUCUUUCUCUGAGGAUCACCGAGAUGGACGUUCGUAUGCAAAUGCCACAUCGCUUGUAUCGAUCUGGUGACCUCGAAGAACAAAUCACCUUCAUGCCGUGGUUUUGCUACGCCUUCGUUUUUCUCUUCUUAUUCUUCGGCUCGGUUAUUAUGACUCAGUCUGUUUAUUCAGCAGAAAAUGUCUGGCUUGGACCCAAUUCAUCCAUUCUCGUUGACCCAAGUUCUGUGUUUGUCGAAAGCAUUAAGGUCAAGGAGAUGGAUUAUUCGAAAUCAGGGCUUCAGCUGUAUGGGUUCUAUGGAUCCCCCCCUCAGCUGAACCGUUUUGUAAACUGGUCAGAAUCCCGAGUACUACCUGUCUCACAGGAUUCUUCUUUCAAGGCUUGGCAAUACUACUUUAAUGAAGGGACCCUUUUGAACAUCACAUACAAAGUUGAACCACUGGGUUCUGCGGUUCAGCUUAUGGUCGAUGAAGGAACGCGAGACGACUCUUAUUUGCCGCCCAUGUCUUGGAAUCUCAUUCAAGGGAGUGGCAUGAUUCAAUUGGAGAUAAGUAAGUCUUCAAGUUAUCAUCUUACUUUAACAAACUUGAAGAGGAAAGACGUAAAGGUGGAACUGAAUACUGAUGUGAGGGCUGUCUUGUAUGAUACUAAACAAUCAUUCUACAACUGUACCUUCGGCAGUGGCGAGUGCACAUUCAAACUCUAUGCAAUGUCCCUUGUUGGAAGUUCUGUUGUCGUAGCUUCACCAACACUAAGUCAAGGAGCGUCCAUCGAAGAUGAGUGGUUCAUCAAAAUCUCAUAUCAACAUAGAUGGAUUACAUAUGUAAUUUGCAUAGGUCUGGCGGUUUGCUUCACGCUUUUAGCUACACAAGUCUGCAGUGGAGAGGGACCUCUAACCGAAAAUGAUUCAGCGAGGACAUGUCUACUUGCAGAGAAAGCUGACGAUGGUUCGUGUAAUGAAACUGUCACAAACGAUGAUGCUGAUUUGGAAGAGUCAAUAGGAAAUGUUGAGGAAGCACGUCAGAGAAGCAUGUCUCUCUCUGAUAUUCCCAGAGUUUUCGACCCGUCUGAUUAUUGCUUCUCAUGUGUUUUUUGCGGAAUAAUGCUAGACAGAGCUUGUGAGAGAUGUCCAAUGUGUGGAAGGAGGAUGAAGACACUGAAGCGAACCGAAACUGCUUAAAGAUGUGUAUCCCUAUAACUCUCGAGAUAUAAAUUGAAACCAUAAUAAUAAAAUUACCAUUUCAUAUUGACAAGCCUCA